AUGCCUGCAGUCUACAGCUCUCAGCAAAAGGCUGCGAUCCAGCAGUUCAUCAGCUUCACCCAGCUCGACCGGAACACUGCGAUAAGGGCGCUGAAGAGCCAUGGAUGGGAUGCGCAGAAUGCCGUUAACGCCUCUCGCUCCAUGAGCCUUUCCAACCGACCGGCUCAGCAGCAGAACACUCCAUCCGUGGAAAUACGCACAGUCGAUUCAAGCGCCACCAUCGACGAACGAACCUCUUCUGAAGACAGCGAUGCUUCUAUCGACCCCAUCGCCAAGAUUGGAGCCUAUGCAGUCGAUGAAGUCUCUACAUUGCUUUCUGUACCACAACUGGCGGACGGCCUGGACUCUUUGAAAGUAGAGCAACAUCAAAUCCAAGCAGAACACCUAAGUCGGGUGCUACAUAACAACCUCACUCUUGCGAAAGUUGUCGAUCUACCGGAAAGUCAAUUCGCUCUACGCCGUUAUAGCCGUUACGGCAGUCUAGGAACGCAUACAGACACCAUGCAAAAUCUACGUAGCAUCACGGCCCCCGUCCCACCUACAUACUUGCCGGAAUCCACCCUGGAGGACCUACUGGCAAUAUUAGACGUCACCAGAGCGACUCCCCUCCAUGCCUCCGUCUCUGAUCAACGUCUAAGAUCACAGUCAGUCGUGUCGCUCCGGGAUGGUGGAGGCGGCGACCGCCGGCGGCAGAUUGAUAAAUUCAUGGCGUCUAGAUACUCUACUACCUUGGAACUCGAUGAUCCUGCACAAGCAUUGAUUCGUUACUACAGCGGCGGCGGCGGCGGCAACGCUCAGAACUCAGCCGCAGCGAAGACGAAUCUGAAUAAACUAUUCGAUCGGUACCAAGAGGCUGGCGCACCCGACAAGGAUGUCGUUGGAGUAGAGGGUACCAUGCGGUAUUUUGAAGAGACUGGUGUCGAUGCCGAAGGUUUAGAGGCGUUGGUUGCUCUCGAGAUCGUGCAGGCACCUACCAUGGGCGAAAUGAGCCGCGAUGGCUUCAUCAAGGGUUGGUCAGAGCGCAACUGUGAUACCGUCGACAAGCAGAAGUCAUAUCUCAGCAACGUCAAGAGCGAGGUCUCCAACAACAAGGAGCUCUUCACGCGCGUCUACAAAUACACAUUCACUAUCGCCAAGCCCACGGAUCAGAGGGCAGUUCCACUCGAGAUGGCCACUGUAUACUGGGAGCUGCUCUUCAGCUCGCCCUUGUCCGCAGUCAAGUGGUCGAGCCCUAACACCCCAUGGCUAAGCUGGUGGACCGAGUUUCUCAACACAUCGUGGAAGAAGAGCGUGAACAAGGAUAUGUGGAAUGAGACCCUCAAGUUCGCACAGCUCUCCCUUGACGACGAGUCCUUGAGUUUCUGGAACGAGGAGUCCUCGUGGCCUUCUGUCAUCGACGAUUUCGUCGAGUUUGUCAAGAAGGACAAGCGCGGUGGUACUGAGGAGCAGCCGAUGGACGAAGAUGAGAUGUGA